UCCACGCAACCCUCUAAAUCAGCCUAGUGCUUAUUUGCAGUGGAUGCCCUAACUGGGAUUUGAAACCGGAAUUCUGAUCGCCUUUCUCGUAGCUUCGUCACAUUCGGUGCCUGCGCGGUGAACUCAAAAUCGGUUUCACGGAGAGGAAUUUCGUUUGCUAUCCACGCGACUAAUCAUGGGUUCAGAUGCCGAUAUGGAGGAUUAUGGCUUCGAGUAUUCAGACGAGGAGCCUGAGGAACAAGAUGUUGACAUCGAGAAUCAAUAUUACAACUCCAAAGGUUUGGUUGAAACAGAUCCAGAAGGAGCGCUUGCAGGUUUUGCUGAAGUGGUUAGCAUGGAACCUGAGAAGGCAGAGUGGGGAUUCAAAGCACUAAAGCAAACUGUGAAGCUCUACUAUCGUUUAGGGAAGUACAAAGAAAUGAUGAAUGCUUACAGGGAGAUGUUAACAUACAUCAAAUCAGCAGUGACACGAAAUUAUAGCGAGAAAUGCAUUAAUAAUAUUAUGGAUUUUAUUUCUGGGUCAGCUAGUCAGAACUUUGGCCUUUUGCAAGAAUUUUAUCAGACUACUCUAUGGGCCCUGGAGGAGGCAAAGAAUGAGAGACUUUGGUUCAAAACGAAUCUGAAGCUAUGCAAGAUUUGGUUUGAUAUGGGUGAAUAUGGGCGAAUGAGUAAGAUUCUAAAGGAACUCCAUAAAUCUUGUCAAAAAGAAGACGGCACAGACGACCAAAAGAAAGGAAGUCAACUUCUGGAGGUAUAUGCAAUUGAGAUUCAAAUGUACACAGAAACUAAAAACAACAAAAAGCUCAAGCAAUUAUACCAAAAGGCACUUGCAAUUAAGUCAGCAAUACCCCAUCCAAGGAUAAUGGGAAUAAUUCGAGAAUGUGGUGGGAAGAUGCAUACGGCAGAGCGUCAAUGGGCUGAAGCUGCAACAGAUUUUUUUGAAGCCUUUAAGAACUACGAUGAAGCUGGAAAUCAACGGCGCAUACAAUGCCUGAAGUAUCUGGUUCUUGCCAAUAUGCUAAUGGAAUCUGAAGUUAAUCCAUUUGAUGGUCAAGAAGCCAAGCCAUACAAAAAUGAUCCUGAGAUUUUGGCAAUGACAAAUCUCAUAGCAGCAUAUCAACGUAAUGAGAUUUUGGAGUUUGAAAAAAUUCUUAAGAGUAACCGGAGGACGAUAAUGGAUGACCCAUUCAUCAGAAAUUAUAUUGAAGAUCUGUUGAAAAAUGUCAGAACCCAGGUGCUGCUUAAGCUUAUCAAACCUUACACUAGAAUCCGGAUUCCUUUCAUAUCAAAGGAACUCAAUGUGCCAGAAAAAGAUGUUGAGCAGUUGUUGGUUUCAUUGAUUUUGGACAAUCGCAUUGAUGGCCACAUUGAUCAAGUGAACAGGCUUUUAGAACGCGGUGACAGGUCGAAGGGAAUGAAAAAGUAUACUGCCAUAGAUAAAUGGAACACGCAACUUAGGUCUCUUUAUCAAACUGUCAGCAAUCGCAUAUACUGAAAUCAUUGGCAGGUAACAUGGGUUUCCUCUCAGAUGGCCAAGAAAACAGUCCUCUUUCCCUGCUUCCGGGCCACAACAAAGUAAAAACUGCAAAGUAGAUGUGCUUAGUUUUAUGCAUUAGAGAAUGUCAGCUGGGAAAUUUCUUGUUCAUCUCAUUAUAAGAUGUUUUGAAGACAAGUUUGAGGGUAUAAAUAUCUUCUGAACACGACAAAAUUUUGGUACUGCAAAAUUUGAGACGUGUCUUAUGUUGAUAGCAUAGAUGGAGAAUAUGCUUCCUAGUAAAUGCUUUUGGUUUGUCUAUUGCUGCUGUUUUGGACUUUGGUUGAUGUAUUGAGGUGGUUGUCAAGGUGAAAAAUGGUUGUGGUACAGGGCUGAGACCCUUUAAUGGGGACCAGUUUGAUGAUAGUGAUACAUGAUUUCAGCAUUGCCUUGUGAAAUCUCUGAGAGAUCUUCUUACAGGUUAUAUUCAAAUCCUUAA